AUUUGGAAAGAGAUUGAUGUGAAGCAAAAAAAAAAAAAAAAAAAAAAGAGCCAGGAAUGUGUGCAAGUGGAACAGGAUCUGAAUGUCACAUUUCAAGGUAUUUUACCUGCUGAGAUCUGCUCCUCUCUGCCUAUUAUCUCAUGAAGGGCUUGCACACACAGAGCAAUAUGACAGCAGCGACAUACAAAUUCUGCAGAUCUUAUUCUUCAGGAAACAGGUGAAUACUUCGCUGCUGGGAGGAUUUUUUUGAAUUUUUUUUACAUUUUCAUAUUUUUGCUUGAUUUUUUAUUUUUUGGACAAGAAUUUUGUUUCUUUGUUGCUUUUGUUUCUGGUUCCAAACUUAAACCAAGUUUGAGAGAAGACACAACAGGGUUGGUGAAAUUGUGAUCACUACUAGUGCCUGUCUGCCUCACCCCCUCAUCACUAAACUACACGUGUGACCCGCAUACAAAUCCCCAGUACCCCUCAGCAAGGAGGAAGAGGAGAGGGGGUGGGAGGUCCUCUCUGGCUGGACAUGGUGAAUAUCCCUUGGGAUUUACAAACACUUACUGACUGAUCUGGGUGCUCACAAUAUUAAAAGGGGGCUGGUGUGUCUGUGAUACCUGGAACUGCCCUGUCUGGGACCAACAGGAACCCCCCCUCCCAAUCUGUCAGCUCUGACGUCUAGAGUGGACCCUGCAAUCCAGGAAUAUGAACAAGAAGACCAGACGCUGGAUCUUUCACAUCUUUCUGAGUCUGGGGAUUGUCUACAUCAAGAUUGGAGGAUUCUCUUCAGUGGUGGCGUUAGGGGCCAGUGUGAUCUGCAAUAAGAUCCCGGGAUUGGCUCCUAGACAGAGGGCUAUCUGUUUCAGCAGGCCUGAUGCCAUCAUAGUGAUCGGAGAAGGUGCACAGAUGGGUGUCAAUGAGUGUCAGUUUCAGUUUCGGCACGGGAGGUGGAAUUGCUCUGCGUUGGGAGAAAGAACAGUCUUUGGAAAAGAGCUGAAAGUGGGUAGCAGGGAAGCAGCUUUCACAUACGCCAUCAUCGCUGCUGGAGUGGCUCACGCCAUCACUUCUGCUUGUACUCAGGGGAAUUUGAGUGACUGUGGCUGUGAUAAAGAGAAGCAAGGACAGUUCCAUAGAGAAGAAGGUUGGAAAUGGGGGGGCUGCUCGGCGGAUAUCAGAUAUGGAAUAGGGUUUUCUAAGGUUUUUGUGGAUGCACGGGAGAUCAAGCAGAACGCAAGGACGCUCAUGAACCUACACAAUAAUGAGGCUGGGCGCAAGAUCCUUGAAGAAAACAUGAAACUAGAGUGUAAAUGUCAUGGCGUGUCUGGAUCCUGCACAACAAAGACAUGCUGGACCACAUUACCUAAAUUUCGGGAAUUAGGAUUUGUCAUGAAAGACAAAUACAAUGAGGCUGUCCAUGUGGAACCAGUACGUGCCAGCAGAAACAAGCGGCCAACCUUCCUGAAAAUUAAAAAGCCUCUUUCUUAUCGCAAACCCAUGGACACAGAUCUGGUGUACAUUGAGAAAUCUCCAAACUAUUGUGAGGAGGAUGCUGUGACUGGCAGCCUGGGAACGCAAGGCCGAAUGUGUAACAAAACAGCCCAGCACAAUAGUGGCUGUGACUUAAUGUGUUGUGGAAGGGGUUACAACACCCACCAGUACGCCCGAGUGUGGCAGUGUAACUGUAAGUUUCACUGGUGCUGUUAUGUAAAGUGUAACACGUGCAGUGAGAGGACUGAGGUGUUCACCUGUAAAUGAGAAGGUUGUCAAGCCGAACAAACCUGCUGAUCAUGGGAUCUACAGCCGUACAUUUGCACAGGUGCUCAAGAGUGGCUUCCAAAACUUUUUGAUUUUUUAAAAACACCAUUUCCACCACCCAUUCCUGUAUUGAUAAGUACUCCUAAUGUCAUUGUUCAAUUAAAGAUGGGUGGAAAAAACUCAUACAGUAUGUAGCCAAACCUGAGCAAGAGACAGAGAUGUCUCCAUUUAACAUUGCACAUGGUCUUCUUUAGGAAAAUGUUACAGAGCAAAAAAAAAAUCUAUUAGACUACUAGGAGAAUGGAACUUACCAAUGCUUUGAUCUAGAUGGUUAUCACAAAUACACUGACCACUUUAAUAACAUGGAUGGGGUAACAUGGAACUUGUGUGAAUUCCUGCUUAGCGUUUGCAGAUUUAGAUUGUGAAAAAAAUUUACUUUUCUAAGUGAUUUCCAUUCUCACAAAAUGUAAUUUAGAGUUUUCAUACACAUUGAUGGC